GAGUCUGGAUCACAAUCUUCUGGUGGGCAGUGUGCCGGCCAACAUUGGAUACCUCUCCGCCCUCACCAACCUCUCCAUGAGCGGCAAUGCUCUCCAGGGCGCCAUCCCGCCGUCUCUCUCCACCCUCGUCAAGCUGCGCGUUCUCGAUCUGAGCUCCAACGGCCUAUCCGGGCCCAUCCCCAACGCUUUCGCUUCUCUCACCCUCCUCACCACCCUGGCUCUCGGGUCCAACCAGCUCACAGGCCCUCUGCCUGCGUCCUUCUUCGGCCUCUCCAACCUCGCGCAUCUGUUGAUUGGAGGCAAUCGCAUCUCCUCUACUCUCCCCGACACCAUCUCCGGCCUCACAUCUCUGCUCGCACUUGACGUGAGUCGCAACUACUUUUAUGGGAGGCUCCCGACAGCGUUGGGCUCUCUGCCCUCUCUUCUCUUCCUGGACAUGAGCGAGAAUCAGUUCACGGGGGCGCCGAUCUCUACCUUCGCAUCGCCAGCCAUGGCCAACACCUCCAUUGCCACGCUCGACCUCUCCGGCAACUACCUCACCUCCACCGCCGCCUCCUUCUCAGCCAAAGCACCCACCACCAUCAACAGCACCACCACCACCAAGAUCACAAACAGCACCACUGGCAACAGCACCAGCAGUGGCACCAACACCACCACCACCACUCUCAUCUCCUUCUGCCCCGUGUCCCUGCAAGGCCGCUAUGCCUCUGCCAAUCUGCUCGUCUACGGUGUCUCCCCGUACAGCAGCCAGCAGGGCAACUGCUUUCUCGGCGGCAACUGGAACUUGACUGAGAAUUUCGUGAACGAGAAGCGCAGGGGCAACGCAAAGCAGGGAGGCCCAGGAGGAAGCAGUGGUGGUGUGAGCGCUAAAGCAGGAACAACCACCGGCAACAGCACCGGCAGCAGCGGCGGGAGUGCGAGCGCCGGGACGGGGUGUCCGGUUGGGCCGCAGCGGAGGUCCAUCGAGUGUGUGGCGUUCUGCGGCGCGGCUCUCCCCGCGGGGCCGUGCGGUGGGCUCGGCACGUGCUACCUCUCGGGCCCCUCCAACACCCCCACCUGCGCGUGCAACGCCGGCAUGUACAAUGUCACGUUGACUCUCACCAUCGGGAAGAGCCUUGUCUCAUACCCCUCCUGCUCGCCCAACCCCGGCCCUGCUCCCCCUCCUCUCCCACCUCCUGUGGACAACACAACAAUGCGCAAAAGAGAUUCCCGAGGAGCCAACCUAGACCAAGCAGCAACUAUCUCCUCAACCUACUUCAACCCCUACUUCCGCUACGCCUCGCUCGGCUUCAUUGGCAACCUCUCAAACCCCACCUGGAACAUCACUCCCACGGUGGACUGGCGGGCGCGGGUGCCGGCAGCGCUACAGCCGGCCAAGGAUCAGGGGCUGUGCUCGGCGUGUUGGAUUUUCGCGCCGGUGGCGGCGGCGGAGGCGCUGUAUGCGAUUGUGUACGGCGCAGCGCCGCCCAGCCUGGCGGAGCAGAAGGCCAUCGACUGCCAGGGCACCUGGACCUGCGCGGGCGGCCGACCAGACGACGCCUUCAACUACAUCGCCGCCUCGGGAGGCCUGCCCAACUCCUCCGCCUAUCCUUACACCGGCGUCGCCAACAACAGCACGUGCAAAGUCGGGUUCGCGCGGCGGGCCGUAUUCUCUCGUAGGCUAUCUCUCAAUGAAGCAGAUGAUGCCGAUACAGGCGCUGCUUCCUCUGCUUUCCCCGUUUCCUUUUCCUCGCUUGCUCACACGCUUUCACGCCUCCUCAGGGGGAAUACCUCCAACGGGAAACGGAGAACAGCAGGCUAUGCAGGCACAGCAGCAACAGCACCAAAGAAGGAUGCAGCGGCACCAUCCCUUCCGCCAGCCCCAUUCCCCGUGUCCAUGUUUGAGCGAGUGGGCAUCAGCGGGUGGCUGGGACUUGCCAUAGCGGUGCAGCAGCAGCCGGUGGUUGUUUACAUCGAGGCGCGGUCUCUCUCCUUUGUUAGCUAUCCUGGGGGUUUCGUGUAUGCGGACCCCAACUGCUACAGCACGCGACUCGUGGACCAUCUGGUGGUGGUGGUGGGGUUCAACCUGCUGGACGCCACGCCCCACUGGAUCAUCCGCAACUCAUGGGGCCCAUCGUGGGGCGAAAACGGCUACAUGAAAAUCGCCAUUGCCGGCGGCCCGGGCAUGUGCGGCAUGAACACCCUUCCAGGCCUCUACCCCUCCAUCGUCUCGCCCGACCCGUGCAAGCCCAUCAACCCCUGCGGAGGCGGUGUGUGCACGGCUGUUACCGGCAACAAGAACAUGCGCAACAAGUGCACCUGCCCGGCCAACUUCGUUGCUGUUACCAACCUCGACCUGACACAGUCGUGCGCCAUUGCCAAGGUGUGCUCCUUCUUUGCAAUGAAUCCCUGCGGCUUCGGCACGUGCAUGGACGACAGCAAGGGCGGCUACUCGUGCCUCUGCUCGCCGGGCUACAUCCUGGGAGCGCUUACAGACGGCUCGGCCACGUGCAUCCCUGGCUCCACGUCGGUGAAGGUGACGCUACCAGCAGACAUGUCGUGCAAUCAAGUCCGCUCCACGUACCUCCUCUCCAAGGCCAACUUUACAAAGCUCAACCCCUCGCUCAAGUGCCCUGGCACAUACCCAGCAGGCACAGUGAUUGUAACCAGAAACUCCACAGUGAACGGGACGGCGUGCGUGGUUCCCUACACCAUAGUUCCCGGCGAUACAUGCUCCAGCAUCGCUGCUGUUUUCAACCUCACCACUGCGGAUCUUGCCGCGGUCAACCCUGAGUUGGACUGCACUGCUCUGGUCUCCGGACAGCUGAUCUGCAUCAAGUCUGGGACACCGGAAGCUCAGGGCUGCUUGAGUUAUUACACGGUAAAUCCGGGGGAGACUUGCAACGAUGUCAUGAUCAACACGUACCCUCCGAUAUCCGCGGCACAGCUGUACCAGUACAACCCUGGGAUUAUAUGCUCGUCUGACUCUCAACGACUCGUUGGGCAAGAUGUCUGCGUGGAUGCAUCCCCAGUGGUGGGUGCAUUAUAUUGCGCGUACGGAUACUACACCGUGGUUUCCGGGGACACCUGUGGAGGCGUGGCGUGCAAAGUCUUCCGGUGUUCCUAUUCUCUUAUGUACACGUACAAUCCAGGGUUUGUAUGCUCCUCAUCCACCCUCUCCCAGCUCUCCGCGCGCCGCCAUAGUCCAAAGCUUGCACUCCUCGUGCUGCUCGUCGCGUCAAGCGCGUGCUUGCUAUGUCCACUCCGCUCCGCCAACGCGCAAGCUGUAGCAGACAGCCAACGACCGGCGCUCUCGGCGAUAAUGGAUGUGUGGGGCGCGGCGCUCAAUCUGAACGCCACGUGGUUCGUGAUGCCAACCUGCGCGCAAUGGCAAGGGCUCUCCUGCAACGCCAUGGGCCAAGUCACCUCCUUAGAGCUUUCCUACCGCCGCCAGUUAAUCGGGCAGAGCAUCCCCGCCGCCAUCACCCAGCUUGGCGCGCUGCAGCGAUUGAGUCUGGAGCGCAAUCUUCUGGUGGGCAGUGUGCCGUCCAACAUCGGAUACCUCUCCGCCCUCACCAGCAUCUCGCUGGGCGGCAAUGCGUUGCAGGGCAGCAUUCCCGCGGGCAUCUCCACUCUCGUCAAUCUCCGCCUCCUCGACCUGCACGACAACUCCCUCACAGGCGCUAUUCCCGACAGCUUCGCUCCGCUCACGGCGCUCGCUACACUCGCGCUAGGCGACAACCACCUCACAGGCUCCCUGCCCGCCUCCCUCCUCGCGCAACCCGCCCUCCAGAACAUUCUCAUCGGAGGCAACGCCCUAACGGGAGUGCUACCAGAGGCCAUCUCCGCCUGGACUGCGCUCCUUGCGCUUGACAUAAGCCGCAACAAUUUCUAUGGCCGCAUGCCGGCCGCUCUCGCUUCCUUACCAGCUCUCAUCCACCUGGACGUGAGCGAGAAUCAGUUCACGGGGGCGCCGAUCUCAGCCUUCGCAUCGCCAGCCAUGGCCAACACCUCCAUUGCCACUCUCGACCUCUCCGGCAACUUCCUCACCUCCACCGCCGCCUCCUUCUCAGCCAGUUCCCUCCCGUUCUGCCCCUCCGCGCUGCAAGGCGGGUAUGCUGCCUCCGCUCUGCUCUCCCUGGGUGCCUCUCCGUAUAGCUCCCAGAAAGGGAAUUGCUUUCUGGCGGGGAGUUGGAAUACGACGCAGAGUUUUACGGAUGAUAAGAGGAAGGGAGGGUGGAAGUCGGAAGGCGGGAAAUCGCUGGACGAGAGGAAGAAGAUGAAAGGGAAUUGGUCCAGUCCGCGUCGGUCCAUCGAGUGCGUGGCGUUCUGCGGCGCGGCUCUUUCCGCGGGGCCCUGCGGUGGGCUCGGCACGUGCUUCCUCUCCGGUCCCUCCAACACCCCCACCUGCGCCUGCAACGCCGGCAUGUUCAACGUGCAGCUGACCAUUCAAGUGGGCAAGGAGCUUGUCUCCUACCCCUCCUGCUCGCCCAACCAAGGCCCUGCCCCUCCUCCUCCGCCACCUCCUCCCGAUGCUAACACAUGGCGAAGGCGAGUCCGAGGAGCAGACUUGGACGACACGGCAGUGGUCCGAGGCUCCUACUUCAACCCCUACUUCCGCUACGCCUCGCUUGGCUUCAUAGGCAACUACACCAGCCCCAAAUGGAACAUCACCCCACGGUCGACUGGCGCACGCGUGUCCCACUGCGCUCGCCCCGGCCAGGGACCAAGGCCUCUGUGCGUGUUGGUGUUGGAUUUUCGCGCGGUGGCGGCGGCGGAGGCGCUGUAUGCGAUUGUGUACGGCGCAGCGGCACCCAACAUCUCGGAGCAGAAGUCCCAGCAGCGUCGCGCGCAACACCUUCUCGCACACGCUCGACCGCCUUCUCAUGCCGGCCUUCUGGUCGGUGCUGCUGCCAAGGCGCCACCAGCCACGGCGGUACCAAUGCCCAACUCGGCCUACACCGUGUCCAUGUUUGAGCGCGUGGGCAUCAGCGGGUGGCUGGGACUCGCCAUUGCGGUGCAGCAGCAGCCCGUGGUGGUUUACAUCGAGGCGCGGUCUGCAACGUUCAUGAAUUACACAGGGGGUUUUGUCUAUGCGGACCCCAACUGCUACAGUACGCGUCUCGUGGACCAUCUGUGUGGUGGUGGUGGGGUUCAACCUGCUGGACGCCACGCCCACUGGAUCAUCCGCAACUCAUGGGGCCCAUCGUGGGGCGACAACGGCUACAUGAAGAUCGCCAUUGCCGGCGGCCCGGGCAUUUGCGGCAUGAACACCCUUCCAGGCCUCUACCCCUCGAUUAUCUCCCCCGACCCGUGCAAGCCCAUCAACCCCUGCGUCCUGUGCUCUGGCCAAGGUGUGCGCCUUUUUCGCAAUGAACCGUGCGGCUUCGGCACGUGCAUGGACGACAGCAAGGGCGGCUACUCGUGCCUCUGCUCGCCGGGCUACUCGCUCGGGCAGCGCACUGACGGCUCGGCCACGUGCAUUCCAGGCAGCAUGACGGCAAACGUAACCUUGCAGGCAGCCAUGACGUGCAGUCAAGUGCGCUCCACCUACAUGCUCUCCCGGCGGACGUUCACAGAUCUCAACCCGACACUCAAGUGUGCGGGCACCUUCCCCCCUGGCACUGUCAUUGUCACGCGCAACACCAACCAGACCAGUGCCAAUGUCACUGGCUGCAUCGUACCCUACACUGUGGCCCAGGGCGACACAUGCACCACAAUCAUGACUAUGUUCAACGUUACCUUGGCUGAUCUGAAUGCCACCAACCCUGAUCUGGACUGCGGAAUACUGGCAGUUGGCCAACAGAUAUGCAUCAGUACCGGCACACCUCAACCCCAGAGCUGUCUCAACUUCUACACAGUCAACCCGGGAGAGUCAUGCAACGACGUGAUGAUCAACACGUAUCCGCCAAUCACAGCGGCGCAGCUCUACCAGUACAACCCUGGAAUCAUCUGCACUGCCGACACCUCGCAACGGCUCGUCGGCCAAGAGGUUUGCGUGGAUGCCACGGUUGUCGGUGCCGUGAAAUGCAGCUACGGCGUGUACACUGUUGUGCGCGGCGACACGUGCGCGAGCGUAGUGUGCAAGGUGUUCAAGUGUUCCUACGCCACAAUGUACGCUGUCAAUCCUGGCUUUAAGUGCACCACCUCGACGCUCUACGUGGGGAAGACUCUCUGCAAACCAAAGCCUUGA